CUUGUGGAAAACGAGACUUCUAGCGCAUUCCUCCUUUUCGCCGAUCGUUACGAUGCGGACCUGUCCACCGUGCCUUUUGACAAAAGCUUGCUCCCGGAUUACAAUUCUUUUCAAUUGUUCGACUGCUACCAAACCAUGAUAUCCGUGUGGCGACACGCCAGGCAUGUAAAGGGGCUAUUCGAUGAUCGGCGGGAUGUCGUGAGUCUAGCUUCGCUGGGAAUAAAUCUCAAAAAGAAUCGCGCUCUCCUGGAAGGCUUCUCGAAGUCUACUACAAAGAUUAGUUUCACUCAGGGUUCUUUGCAGAUGUUCUAUGGGGAAAAUUGGUUCAAAUGCUCGAAGCUGUCAUGCUACUACUUCCAUGAAGGGUUCGCAUCUCAAUCCGCACGGCAAGCUCAUUACGGUCGUCACGACCGACCAUUCAGGUGCGAAGAGGAGGACUGUCCAUCAACAACAAUCGGUUUCGGUUCGCUAAAGGAGCUGGACAAACACAGAAGGAAUAUGCAUCCGGGCAUCGAUAAACUGUCGUUGACGUUUGCCAGACUCAAGAAUGGCAAGAAUGGACUUGCAGCGGAACACAAAUAUCCAUGCCCUCAGUGUAGUUCUAGGUUCGCCACCAGACUUGAGUGCAGGAUUCAUAUGAAAUGCCACUGCAUUGCUAUCAAGCCGAAACGCAUUAUAUGAAGUUGUACGGGCACGAAGCUAUAGAGCACUGUACGAGGGAUUGAUGUCUCAAGGUUGUUAUCUACAAACAGCGAGGCUAUUCAAGAAAGAUAAAAAGGUCUUUACUGCAGACAACAACUGUGAGAUGGAAUAGUUGAACUAAAGAAAAGAAAAUAUCAG